GGGGCGGAGCUUCGCCAGUGUGCUCUCAGCAGAACCAUGAACCGAUGCCCCCGCAGGUGCCGGAGCCCGUUAGGGCAGGCAGCGAGAUCCCUCUACCAGCUGGUGACUGGGUCGCUGUCGCCAGACAGCGUGGAGGAUGAGUUUGAACUGUCCACGGUGUGUCACCGGCCAGAGGGUCUGGAGCAGCUGCAGGAGCAAACCAAGUUCACACGCAAGGAAUUGCAAGUCCUGUACCGGGGCUUCAAGAAUGAAUGUCCCAGUGGAAUUGUCAAUGAGGAGAACUUCAAGCAGAUUUACUCUCAGUUCUUUCCUCAAGGAGACUCCAGCACAUAUGCUACUUUUCUCUUCAAUGCCUUUGACACCAACCAUGAUGGCUCCGUCAGUUUUGAGGACUUUGUGGCUGGUUUGUCGGUGAUUCUUCGGGGAACCAUAGACGACAGACUAAACUGGGCCUUCAACUUGUAUGACCUCAACAAGGAUGGCUGCAUCACCAAGGAGGAAAUGCUUGAUAUCAUGAAAUCCAUCUAUGACAUGAUGGGCAAGUAUACUUAUCCUGCACUUCGAGAGGAGGCCCCAAGGGAGCACGUGGAGAGCUUCUUCCAGAAGAUGGACAGGAACAAGGAUGGCGUGGUGACCAUUGAGGAAUUCAUUGAGUCUUGCCAAAAGGUACAGACCCCUGCCCUCCACAUUUCCAUGAUCUGGACUCAGGGUCCAAUUCAGUGAUGUAGGAGAAAACUCCUUUGGGCAGAGUAUCGUCUCCCUAACUUGCCCACACUCCCAAGUCCUGUUCCAUCACAACUCGGGGAGGCCUGUCCCUUCCCUACUUCAGAUCUCUCUGGGUGUCUCCUUCCUUGCCGCCUCUCUCUCUCUCUCUGAGUGUCCCCAUUUCAAGUGACUGUCCCUCUCUGUGUCCCUGAUAAGCUCUUUUUUAUUUCUCUCUCUCUCUCCAAUCUGCCUCUCCCCCACCAUGGCUACAGGACGAGAACAUCAUGAGGUCCAUGCAGCUCUUUGACAAUGUCAUCUAACUCCCCAGGAAAGGGGGUCAGUUGCCCUGGGGGGACUAUACUCUAGCCCUAGUCCAGGUGGAACUCACCCUUCUCUUCCCAGGUCUGUCCUCAUCCUAGCUGGGCCCUGGGGGCUGUAGGAAUCUAAGAGUCUGGGGAUUCAGUGGUCCAGAUUACUGGAGCUAAAGGGGCCAGGGCAUGGGCAGAGUGUAUCUGUGGGGUGUUCCCAACUCCCAACAGCUCCCACCCCCUUCCUGCCUGAUACUCAGUGCUAAGGGUACCCCCGUUAUAGGAAAUAAAUGGUUCUCCACUUUCCAUCCCCACUCUAGAAACUACAACACUAGACAAAAUGUCUCCUGGUAUGGUGCUUUCCCUAUCCCUGAUCUCAUAUGCAUUUCCUCUAAGAUUUCCUUCUCAGAGAGUCUGUUCUGUCUAUGGCACUGACUGGCCUUCCAGACCUUCCAGGGCCUUUGAGAGCCUUAUAGGAGGGGGGACAAGAAUGGAGAGGGAGAAAUCUUAGGCCUGAGCCAGGUGGUUAGGUCAUAGGUGGCUGGGGUAGAGUGCAGAAAGGCCUGGAGAUUGUCAGUGACAGCUCAGGCAUGCCAGACCAUAGCUCUGAGCUCCAUAGGUCUACCACCCCCAGGCUAUCAGAAUUUGGGUUCCAGGCCCUUCAGAAGACUCUGUCUCCUUGGAAAUGCCCCAGAAAUUUCCAUACUCUCCUCAGUAUUCCAGGAGAGCCUGGGAUCCUGAUGUCUGGCUCAUGGCUGGAAUUCCUUCCUUCCUGUUUGUGUGGGUGGUGGCAGCAGCAGGGGAAUAUGGGUGGGAGAUGUCCUAGCUGAUACCUGCCAAAGUUUCAGCCUACCCUCUCCGAAGUCUACAACUUAAGUUUUCAUUUACCAGUUCUUCUAGACUUGGAGGCAUGGAGUGAGUCAGGGACCAUCCAGUGGAUGCCUUAGAAGAAAGGGGAAGGAGGGAGGCAGGCAUAGCAUCUGAACUCUGUGAGGGGGCAUUCACUAGAAUCUUUGAUCUACCCAGGCUCUAUUCCAACCCCCCACGUAGUCUCCUCAAUUCCUACUUAGGGUCUUCUUUUGCUCUAUUCAGUCUACCCAGAGAUGCCCCCGUACGCAUCUAGAAGGCAGGGACCACUCUUGCCAUGCUGCCACCCUUUAAUAUACCUGCUCGUUCCAUUUAGCUCACCCUCCCAGUCAGUCAGGAUCUGAGGGGAAGGGCCCUGAGGGAGCCCCCUUUCCCAUCAGAACACUGUUGACUGCUUUGCAUUUUUGGCUCCUCUGUAUAUUUUGUAAAAUAAAAAAAUACACCAAUCCAAUAAAACACAAUGGCUAUGCA